GUUUGGAGUGGCAGAGCGCUACACACUAGAGAUCCAGCGUUCCUGUCACAGCCGCGCUCUGACUCUAGUGAGUGGAGCCGUGACGUCACAUGUGUGCGCCGGCCGGUGUACCGCUGAUCGUGAGGCGCCAUGGCUCAGCCCGGGGUGGAGGAGCUGUCAUCGGCCUGGAACACCCUGAGCCUCGGCCUCGUCCCCCCCUCCGCCCUGGCCUGGUCAAUGGCUCCCAGAUCUGGCUCCUUUGAAACUGUCGGAGAAGGUGACCUUAAAGCUGCCCUGGAUAUCUUGCACUGCUACGACCUGCACUGCAUUCUUGAAGACUGGUUUACGGAGGUCUUGCAGACGGACCUGCAGAGGAACAUUGCCCCGGAGUUCUGGAACGGUAUAAACCAGCACGAGAAUGCUGUUGAAGAGCAGCAUUGUAUCUUACUUUUAUUGGACACAUUCCGACUACUCAUGUCUCGCCUGGACCCCUAUCUGAGAAGCCUGGAUCUCUUGGGAAGAUGGGCGGACAUGGGACUGCUUCUGGGCUCCGAUUCCCAGACUCUGCGAGACAAAGUGUACACCAUGUUUAAAGCUAUUCUCUUCUUCUCCACUUCCAAGAACUUUCAGAACAUGAUCCAGCUCUUUUACAGCCGCACCUUCAAGAUUUACAUGAAGCCGAGGAGGAGGGGAGAUGACAGCGUCAGCGAUUGCGACAGCAGUAUGAAUGAGAAUGAAAGAGAGAGCGACUCGGAGGACAGAGGAGCAGAUGAGGCUGUGUGUGCUGGUUGUGAGAGUACCAAGGACCUUUGCUGGUGCCAGUCUGCCAUGGAACAGUUUCAGCAACUCAAUGACAUUUUCCAUCUGUUGAAUCUGCUGGAAAGAGUUUGUUCCGAUGCUGUCACCACAAUCCUUCACAAGAUGAUUGAAGAGCGGAUGGAGAAGAGGUGUCGGGGGGAGUACGAGAGAUCCUUUCUCAAUGAAUUUCAGGAGUGGAUAGAGAAAGUGAUUGGCUGGCUCAGCAAAGUCUUCCUGCAGGACAGCACAGCUCCACCCACUGCGCCAGAGUCAAGCAGCACUUUAAAACGAUGGCGAUGUCACGUGCAGCGUUUCUUCUACCACCUGUAUGCCAGCAUGCGAAUCAGCGAACUAUUCAGCAUCAUCCGAGAUUUUCCUGAUUCAAAGCCAGCCAUUGAAGAUUUAAAGUUCUGCUUGGAACGGACCAAUCAGAGGCAGCAACUUUUAACGUCCCUGAAAAGUGCGCUGGAAACCAGACUGCUGCACCCCGGAGUGAACACGUCCGAUAUUAUCACUUUGUACAUAUCGGCCAUUAAAGCUCUGCGAGAGUUGGACCCAUCCAUGGUGAUCCUGGAAGUGGCUUGUGAGCCCAUCAGAAAGUACUUAAGGACAAGAGAAGACACGGUCCGCCAGAUUGUUGCUGGUUUAACUGGAGAUGCUGAAGGCUCUGGGGAUCUGGCCAAUGAGCUGUCCAAGGCAGACCCUGUGGUUCUUGAUAAUGGUCACGAGAGUGAUGAUGAUGUUUCAGAACCAGAGGACUGGGUGCCGGACCCCGUGGAUGCUGACCCAGGUAAAGGAAAUUCGAAGCGCAGAUCAUCCGAUAUAAUCAGCCUACUGGUCAGUAUCUAUGGCAGUAAAGAACUCUUUAUUAACGAGUAUCGCACCCUCCUAGCGGACCGGCUCCUGCAUCAAUUCACCUACAGUUCAGAGAGAGAGAUCCGCAAUGUCGAGCUGUUGAAGUUGCGUUUCGGCGAGGCCCAGAUGCAUUAUUGUGAGGUCAUGCUGAAGGAUAUGGCUGACUCCCGAAGAAUCAAUGCCAACAUCCGUGACGAGGAAGAGAAGCUCACGGAAGAAGAAAAGCCCCCGUUUAAUCUAGUGGCGGUAAUACUGUCCAGCGAGUUCUGGCCGGCACUGAAGGAGGAGAAGCUGGAGCUGCCUGACCAGAUUAAAGAAACCAUGGACAUGUAUUCCAAGAAGUAUGAAAAGCUGAAGGCCAUGCGUACACUGAACUGGAAGCAUCACCUGGGGUUGGUGAACCUGGAUGUGGAAUUAGCUGAUCGCACGUUGUCGUUCUCCGUGUCUCCCGUGCACGCUGCAAUCAUCCUGAAUUUUCAGAAUAAGAACACCUGGACUCUGGAGGAGCUGAGCGAUGCCUUGAAGGUUCCUGUCACUUCUCUCAGGAGGAAAAUGACUCUGUGGCUCCAACAAGGUGUCCUACGCGAGGACCCGCCAGGAACUUUCACAGUGAUCGAGGAGGAGCAGAAAGAUCGCGCGGACAAAGUGCUUCUAAUAGACAGCGACGAGGAGGGAGAUUCUGCCAUGGCUUCCCAGGCUGACCAGAAGGAGGAGGAGUUACAGCUGUUUUGGACGUACAUCCAGGCAAUGCUGACUAACUUGGAAAGUCUGCCCCUGGAGCGCAUUCACAGCAUGCUCAAGAUGUUUGUUAUGACAAGUCACGUGGUGACAGAGAUCGACAUUCAGGAACUGCAGGGUUUCCUCCAGAAGAAAGUCAGUGACCAGCUGCUGGUGUAUUCCGGAGGGGUUUACAGACUGCCCAAGAACUCCAACUAGUUCUCGGAGCCAUAAAUGUCUUAUCCGGGUCAGUGUUUGCCUGGUACACCUGAGAACUCUACAAAUUGAUUGUGGACGCACAGCAGGACACCGACCAUUGCCACUUCCUGAACGGGUUUUCUUCUAGUGAAAUAUUACAGGAUGGUUGUGUGUCUAAGACGUUACGUUUUCGUAGAUCGAUCAUGACCCGGUGGCCUGGAUACUGCGCUACAGUCAUUGUGCUGGCGCUCCGUGUGAGAUAUUCAGGAAGUUUGGUUGUUGCUUACGUUUUUUAAGAUCUGGAACUAAACGUAUUGAAUUGAUUCUGGUAUUUAGUAAACUGGUUUUAAUUGCUGAGGGUGUAAAUGAAACCUCUAUGAGAAUAACCCAAGAAACUCUCUGCUUCAGUCAUCCAUAACAACGUUAAAACUCGUUCUUUUCUACAUUAAAAAGUUCCCAACGUG